AUGUUAAGUAGUAAUAAUGAUCCAUUUACAAGUAAAUUAAAAUUUAUAUUAGAAAAUACAACAUGGUCAUAUGAAACUACUGUAACAUUUAAUCAUAAUUUAACAAUAUCUUUAUCAAUAUCAGAUGAACAUGUAUUACAUUGGCGGCCAAAUGGAUAUGGUGAUCAACCAUUAUAUAAUUCAGUUAUUUUAAAUCAAGAUAAUCGAAUUGGUUCACGUUUAAUUGGUUUUCGUACAGUUCAACUUAUACAACAUGAAUAUGGAGCAGGAAUAAAUGGAACAUCAUUUUAUUUUUCUAUUAAUUUUAAAUCUAUAUUUAUAAAAGGAAGUAAUUGGAUACCAUCAGAUUCAUUUCAAGAACGUGUUAGUGAUGAAAAACUUGAACGUUUACUACGUUCAGCUCAAUUAUCAAAUAUGAAUAUGUUACGUAUAUGGGAUGGUGGAAUAUAUGAACGUAAUUCAUUUUAUGAAAUAGCUGAUCGUUUAGGUAUAAUGUUAUGGCAUGUUUUAUGUUUGCUUGUAGUCUGUAAUUAUCCUGUUGAUGAACUAUUUUUAACAAAUGUUCAUGAUGAAGUUAUUUAUCAAGUUAAACGAGUUCAACAUCAUCCAUCUAUUGUACUUUGGUUUGGAAAUAAUGAAAAUGAAGCUGCUGUUGCACAAAAUUAG